AUGGAGGAGAAGGCUGUCGCAAAUGGAGCAACCGCUGCUGAUGUUGCUGCUCCUGAUACUGAUAACAAGGAUAAUGCCAAGGAAGAGGCUAGCGAGAGCAAGGAGGCAGUAGCGAGUCAGGAUGCUGAAGAGCAGAACAAAGGCUCGGAAAAUGGUGCUGAGGGCGAGUCAGCUGGAGAUGUCAAGAUGGCAGAGGCUGAGACCGCAGAGGAAGGCGAUGGUGAUGCUGGUGCGGCAAAGCAGGUGGAUUCUGGAGAUGUCGAAACGGAUGCAGAUACAAAGGAAGAUGCCAAUGCCAAGACAGGGGAAGGUGAGGAUGUCAAGAUGACUGAGGCUGACGCAGGAAGUACAGAGGUCAAAGAUAAAGAAGAGAAGGAAGAUGAAGUUGAGAAAGAGAAGGAAGAUGAAGUUGAGAACAAAGGAAAAGAAACGGAUGCCGAUGAGAAGCAAGAAGAAGAGGAAGCAGAAGAAAAGGGUUCUGCUGAUAAGAAAGAUGAAGAUGAAGCUGAAGGUGAAGGUGACAAGAAGAUGGGAGAGAAUAAGGAGGAGACUCCGAAGAACAAGAAAGCAAGGAGUGCCAGGGAUAGAAGCCAGGGAAAGGAUAAGAAACAGGAUGGAUCCAAAUCCAGGGAAGCAAAAAGUUUGCUGAACACCCCAAGCCCAUAUGGUACAGAUCGCCCUCAACGUGAGAGGAAAACAGUGGAGAGGUUAGUUGAGGUGAUUGAGAAAGAGACAAACAGGAAUUUCGUGGUUGAGAAGGGACGAGGGACUCCUCUGAAGGAUAUACCGAGUGUGGCACACAGAAUAUCAAGGAAGAAACCUUCUGAUCUUAAAUUUCUUCACAGUAUUCUUUUUGGGAGGAAAGGCAAGGUUGUUGAUUUUAAAGGACAUAUACUCCAGUUCUCUGGAUUUGUUUGGCAUGAGAGUGAUGAAAAGCAGAGAGCCAAGGCAAAAGAGAAGCUUGACAAGUGUGUAAAAGACACGCUGUUGGACCUCUGUUGGACCCUUGGUAUUCCAACUCCGAAAGCAAACAUUAGAAAGGAGGAUAUUGUGUCAAAGCUGUUGGACUUCAUUGCUGAACCUCACUCUUCAGCUGAUUCUGGGCUCUCUGAUGACCAGGGAUCAAAUUCUAAAAAACGCAAGAGAGGAGGUGAAAGUGCAAGUAAGACUCCUGACAGCACACCUAGUAGGUCAAGGAAGAAAUUUGUCGAUGACAGCACUUCUAGUAAAAGGCAGAAGAAAGCGCUCCAGUAUGAUACUGAUGAGGAUGAGGAUGAAUCCAUGAAGUCUGACAGUGAGGAAAACAGAGAUGAAGAUUCAGAUGAAGCUGCUGACAAACAGGAAGGUGACUAUGGAUCUGGGAAAGAAAAGUCAGGGAAGAAGUUACCAAAGGUAAAAGAAUCUUCAGGGAAAAAGAAGGCAGACACAGGGAGUGGCCACAAAUCAGGUCCUCCAAAGAAAAUUAUCAAAAGUCCGGUAAAAAAAGUAUCAUCCAAGAUUCAUGAGGAAAAAGAAAGCCCCAAUGAUAGUGCAAAGGUUUUUUCUAGGAAGAAGAAACCCACAGCAGAAAAGGAGAUCAAAGGAAAAAAGUCAUCAGGCAAAAAGGUGACAAAGGGUAAAGGAGAAUCAGCUGAAGCAGUUCUUCCCAGCAAGGACGAUCUGAGGAAGACCAUUACUGAAAUCCUCAAGAAAGUUGACUUCAACACGGCAACUUUCAGUGACAUUCUUAAGAAGCUCGACAAUCACUAUAAAAUGGAUCUGACUCCAAAGAAAGAAGCCAUCAAAGUUAUGAUCCAAGAUGAGUUAACCAAGUUAUCAGAGGAGGACGAAGAAGGAGAGGGAGACGGAGACAAGCAGCAGCAGCCUCAGGCGAAGGAGAUCGAGGCAUGA